ACAAACUUUUAUUUUGAAGUGAUACUACUAAACCUCUUCGCUUGCCUGGAUCUUAGGCUGCUUGGAUGCAGGGAUUUUCUGGACCUUAAAUGGAAGCAGACAGAUAACGGUUUUCUCCCUCGGACGACUGGACUUGGCUCCAAUAUCAAGUUGCUACAGUGUUGAGGAAGCUAGCUGUCAAGUAGUAGCCCAGCAUCAGUAGAUUUCAUUAUGGCUGACAAUAUCAUGAGCAAGGCUGCAACCAUGGAGAUCCCCAUUAACAGCAAUGGAGACACAGGGACUCUACCAGAGGAUGACAGCCUGGAGCAGGAUCUGCAGCAGGUGAUGGUGUCAGGACCCAACCUGAAUGAAACCAGCAUCGUGUCAGGAGGUUAUGGAGGACCUGCAGGGGGCAUCAUUCCCACCAGCAGCAUCAAAGGGCCUGCAGUUCGCUUCAACCCUGAGUAUCUGGACAGAAGACGAGCCCCUGCACCUGGACCAGACAUUCGCAUGAAAUCCAGGGGUGUUAGUUUGCCUCACAGCCAGUCUGCAGCCACCCGGCUUACACAACAGACAGACCAGCGUCCAGGAUCAUCAAACCAUAACGCAAGUAACUCCACUGAAGAAGUUUCUCGUGGUGUGGCAGUGGAGAAAUUGGACAGUGUAAAGAAAUGGGGCAUAAACACAUACAAGUGUACCAAGCAGAUGUUCUCUGAAAAGUUUGGGCGAGGGUCUCGAACUGUAGACCUGGAGCUGGAGACUCAGAUUGACUUGUUAAGAGAUACCAAGAGCAAGUAUGAAAACAUCCUGAGACUGGCCACUGCACUCAUCAGUCAUUUUCAGAGUAUGGUGCAGACUCAACAGGCUCUGGGAGACACCUUUACUGACCUCAGCCAGAAGUCCCCUGAACUGCAGGAUGAGUUUGGAUACAAUGCAGAAACACAAAAGCUGUUGUGUAAGAACGGCGAGGCACUGCUGGGUGCUAUCAGCUUUUUCGUGUCCAGUGUCGACACCUUGGUCAACAAAACAAUGGAGGAUACUCUGAUGACCAUAGCGCAUUAUGAAAACGCAAGACUUGAGUUUGAUGCCUAUCGGUCUGAUAUGGAGGAGCUGAGUUUGGGCCCAAGGGAUGCAGCUGCCAUGGUCCGCAUUGAGAUGGCCCAGCAUGACUAUCAGAUUCACAGAGACAAGUAUGAAAGGCUGCGCAGUGAUGUCACCAUUAAAAUCAAAUUUCUGGAGGAAAACAAGGUAAAGGUGAUGCACAAGCAGCUGCUUCUCUUCCACAACGCUAUCUCAGCUUACUUUGCUGGCAACCAGCAGCAGUUGGAACAAACUCUCAUACAGUUUAACGUUAAGUUAAAGCCCCCAGGAUCAGACAAGCCAUCCUGGCUGGAGGAGCAGUGAAGAUGUGCAGGGUUCAGCUGUUUGAGAGAAGCAGAGACAUGCCGGUCAGUGACAAACUUGACAUUGUGGUUUGAUGGACAAUAAUUAAAUACAUAAAGGAGUAUACUGUAUGACAGUAGCUGCCAGCGAUGAAGAAAAACACGAGUUAUCUCUUUCAAAAUGUUUUUCGUAUCACUCAUGACAUACCGUAGAUGGAACGACAUUUUUAGUUGUUACAGAAUUUAUUGUAAAGUCACAAAUGUACCUUUUUGUUAUUUUCUUAUUUAGGUUGCGCAAUCAUUUAUAUAUCACUUCUUAUUUAUGUAAAGUACAGUCUUCUACUUCUGUAGAACCCCUUUGGCAGUUUUGCACAUUCAUUAUUUUGUUGUGUUUUUUAAUGUUGCCUAAAGUGUCAUCUGUAGUAUUUACUGAGUACAUCACAUGAGAGUAAUUCUAAAAGAUUAGAUUAUCAGAUUAUCAAGUUAUAAUAAUGUCAAACAUGUCAUGAAAUAUCCUCAGAAAUUUGAUUAGUUUUUUUUUGAGUAUGCAUGACUGAACCAGUUCCUCUAAAUGUAGUUUUACAGAUUGAAUCAAAGACAUCCAGAUUUAUCAUAGUUUUUAAAGUUAUCUUGUUUCAAACUCAGCUGUGUGGAGCAUCUGCCUGUAUGACCAGGUUAUGGUUUACAGACAUCAAAGGGGAAAAGGUUUAUAGUGAAUUUGGGUUUUCUCUAAACUUGAUUGCAAUCCUAAUCUUUGGGUACCUUUUAGAUAUGUUGAUAAUCCAGCACAGUCACAAGUGUGUGUCUUAUUUACUUCAGAGUUUACACUUUGAAAUAAGCCGCUAAAAGGAAUAUUACACUCACAUUCAUGUGUUGAUCCAUAGUAUGGAUGCUUUGGUGAAACAUUCAAUCAUUUCUGAAUAAAAUCAUAAAUCAAAAUGCAGCACAUAGCCAGUGUUUACAUGACUUUGUUUCUAUAUGAGGGGCAACUGAAAGAAGCCUGUGAGACUGAUUCUUGAAGUCUCUUUUUACUAAACUCUGAAGUCAGAUAAAAGUAUGAACACAUGCCAUACCACUUGCAGUCUGUGUUAUGGAAGUCGAAGUAACUCCUCGAGGACAGAAUGUAAGAGUUAUUUUUUUUCUGAUUUUGUUUUAUUUAUUUACCAAUCUGUGUCCAUUUCUGAUUAGUCAGCUGAUUUGUCUUUGUCUUUUACAUUUCCAAUAAAGUCUGCUGGAUGUUUGUUUCACCUGACUGUGCAGUGCCACAGAUUUGAUUUGAUAUUGAAUGUCCUCCCGAUUGUGUACAGAAAACUCACGAUAUAUUGCAAAUGUAUGCCACAAGUAAUUAUGUACAUGAAAAUACAAUGAUAUAUCUCUAAAA